CAUCACCACCAGUUCGAUACCAUUGUCGAAAGAGCAAGGAUCGGCGUUGUUUACAAUCCCGAUACUGUUGCUAUUUCGGCAGUGGGCCGACUGGUUUUAAUUACUUUACAAAUUACACCCCAUUUACGCCGGUGCUCGUGGGCAGAGCAAUUGUCGAGCCCCUUGUCAACAGUGUAAUACAUUUUGUUUGAUCUGUUGAUGAAGAUUAUAGUCCCUCGCGUGCGCAUACGAUUGCGAUAAUCAGUAUUGAGCACUAGCCAGGCGUCAACCAUGGAAGAUGAAACGCUUAAGAAGGACGAGAAGCAGCGAAAGGAUUCGCUGAAAAGUGCCAAGGAUGAAGCGAACGGUGGCGGUGGUGGCGACAUCGUGCUCAAGCCCAAAAUGACACUCGUCAACGGUAUCACUGUGAUCGUCGGUUCGAUUAUUGGAUCCGGCAUUUUCGUCUCGCCGACCGGUGUCCUCAUCAACACCGGCAGCGUCAACAUGUCGCUGAUUGUGUGGAUCAUUUCGGGCCUGUUUUCGAUGGUUGGUGCCUACUGUUAUGCCGAGCUGGGCACCAUGAUCAAAAAGUCCGGGGCAGAUUAUGCGUACAUUAUGGAAACGUUCGGUCCGUUCUUGGCGUUCAUCCGACUGUGGAUCGAAUGUAUGAUAGUGCGGCCCUGUUCGCAGGCCAUCGUCGCUCUGACGUUCAGCGUGUACGUACUGAAGCCGUUCUUCCCCGAGUGUCAGCCGCCGGAAGAUGCGGCCCGUCUUCUAGCCGUCUGCUGUAUCCUGGUGCUGACGUUCAUCAACUGUUGGGACGUGAAAUGGGCUACGGCCGUGCAGGACAUCUUCACCUACGCCAAGCUGCUCGCACUGUUCAUCAUCAUCGGUGCGGGUGCCUACUAUCUGUUCCGCGGCCACACGGAAUACUUCACCUUCGAUAACACCAAAACCGAGGUAACAUCGCUCGCAUUGUCCUUCUACUCGGGGCUGUUUGCCUACAACGGAUGGAACUAUUUGAACUUCAUCAUCGAGGAGCUGAAGGACCCGGUGAAGAAUUUGCCCCGUGCCAUCGCAAUUUCCUGCACGCUGGUGACGGUCGUGUACGUGUUUACCAACGUGUCCUUCUACACCAUCCUGUCGCCGGAGGAGGUGCUCGGCUCGGAAGCGGUUGCGGUCACAUUCGCCGAUCGGGUGUUUGGCAUAUUUGCGUGGACGAUACCGGUGUUUGUCGCCCUGUCAACGUUUGGAGCGGUGAACGGCAUUCUACUUACCUCGUCCCGUCUCUUCUAUGCCGGCGCCUGCGAAGGUCAGAUGCCGGAGAUUCUUACCAUGAUCCAAAUACAGCGGCUCACACCGACACCGGCCGUGCUGAUUAUGGCGCUGCUGUCCAUGCUCUAUCUGACGGUAUCGGACAUAUUUGCGCUAAUUAACUACGUCGGGUUUGCAACUUGGCUAAGCAUUGGUGCGGCUGUGCUGUGUCUUCCGUGGCUCCGAUGGAAGCAACCCAAGCUGAACCGUCCGAUCAAGGUGAAUCUCAUCUUCCCGAUCCUGUAUCUCAUCGCCACCGUCUUCGUCACCGUCGUCCCGAUGAUUGCCAGCCCGGUCGAGACGGGUUACGGGUGUCUUAUGAUUCUUUCCAGCAUUCCUGUCUACUGCAUAUUUAUCGCGUGGCGAAACAAACCGAAAUGGUUCAACCGUACGAUGGGUGGAUUUACGCAGAGUUUACAAAAGUUAAUGAUGGUGGUGCGGCCAAAACAGAAAUAAACGCGAAAAGUGGGUCUUACAAGAUUCCUCCAGAAAAUGCUCAUGGUCGUAGGAAAGACCAAACCAGCUCAGGUUUAAACAAACACGCAUCGUACGAGCAGUUUGCCAUCGUUUUUCGUUUUUUUAAACCCGACCAAACAAAAACGCAACGCAACAUUCCAGGCGUGAGCUAGUGCUGCAGAGGAAGGAACAGUGCGAGAGGAUUUGAAUCAUCCUUUUUGUUGUGUGUGUGUGUGUUUUUUUAAUCCCUUUCUGUGAAGGCUGUUAAACUGUAUUUGUUUGUGUGUGUGUGUGUAUUUUUUGUUUGUUUAAAUUAAUUAUUGUAUUAUGAUGAAAUUGUUUGACGUCAGUUUUAAAUUGAUUGCAGCAGUGCGUCAUAAGUGAGAUAUGUUGAAAGCAACGUAAUUUAAGCCAUAAAGUGAAGAAAAAAAGAAGUUUUUAAACACAUUCCCACAUCAAUAAUUGUUUUAUUCGACGAGCGAAACAGUUCCUUGCGGGUAGACACGCAGCUCAAACAUGUUCGAUAAUGCCAAUCAGUGUUAUAGGUGUGCAUGAAUGUGUAUAUUGUUAGACAAUUCAACAAAAAGAAAAAGAGAACAGGUCCAGACACUGGAAAUAGUGUUCAAAAGUUUUAAAGAAUGCAAACAUUUUCCUAUCCAUUUUUUAUUGGCUCGGCAAGGAAGCGCAACAACGAGAUUUAUUUCAUACUUUCGAUUCCGGUCAACGAAAGGCACAUAUCACUAUGUUAAUCAAGUUGGAGUAUAUGUUCUGCCGAUAAAAUAGAGCUGGCUUGGCUUAAACUUUUGUUUUAAAGAAUCUUCAUUCCUUGUAGGAGCAAUCUAUUGCGUAUUAAAUGCUCUUCUUGUGUGCUUGAUAAAUUAUAGUAAAAGCAAAUUUGAAAAAAUCCCAACCUAUAUGUAUCAUUGCUAAAAUAUUUAAAAUUGCAAGGCAAGGCUAACACAUUGGCCCGAAACGUAUUCAAAUUAUAGCGAAAAGACUUUGUCGUUUAAAGAAACACCUUGAUAAUGAUUUCAACGGAGCUUCCAUAGGCCUGAUUUCUAUUGACUCUGGGAUGGAUCAGCAUCACUAGAUCGAAUGGCAGUAGUAGUAUAACUAGUAGCGGCAGAACAACCGUCACGGGCUCACGAGCUCCGAUAAGUGCGCUAAGCAAGAAGAGAUGGAACGCAGGAGCUAUGUUGUUGACAAUAAUAGUAGACACACAAGUUCGCACAAAAGCAUUAGACGAGCCCCCCGGGGAUGGAUGGAGCGCAGUGACUGCUGUCGAAUACAUGUAUUAUUCAUAAUCAAUCAUCAUGCUCGAAUAGAGAAUAUACCGUUUAGGUGUGUCAUAUAGUUCUACAUGUAUAUAAGCGUAAGCGAAUGCAUAAAGGGCCACCCGCAUUGUAGAUCCUUGGAAAUAUUUAUCGAAGGGCCAAAGGGAAGUGGGUACGAGUGAGGGAGACCGAAGAGGGACAGAGAGCGAGAGAGCUGAAGGGGGGGAAUGAAAUUGCAUGAGAAAAGCCAGCGAUGUAUCAAUGUAUUGUAAAGUAUUGUCAAAUAUACCAUGAAAAACAAAAAAA